CCUCGUCUAGGUUUUUGCGAGCUGUGAUUCUAAAAAUGGUAAUCUCCACCGCUACAUAAGCAAGACCGGAGGCCUGAUGGCAAUGGGUUAGUGGAGGAGAAGAAGGAAAGAGACUCCUCGCCUCAUUGGCAGAUAUUCUUCUUCUUCUUUUUCAUCGAUCGAGCUUUCUUCGUUUACUGUUCAUUCAAGAUUGUCCUUCCUCCUUCCCCGUUCAGUUCGUUGCUAUCGGAUUCAAUCGAGGUUGAAAUGGAGCUUGAGGAUAAGGAGACGCAGGUACAGAAGGCGAAGGUGCUGGAUGACUGGCUUCCGAUUACUUCGUCCAGGAAUGCUAAAUGGUGGUACUCGGCUUUCCACAAUGUGACGGCCAUGGUUGGUGCUGGUGUUCUCAGCUUGCCCUACGCGAUGUCGCAUCUUGGAUGGGGUCCUGGAAUCACUGUCAUGAUUCUGUCAUGGAUCAUCACCCUUUACACCUUGUGGCAAAUGGUGGAGAUGCACGAAAUGCCAGAUAGGGCGCCAGGGAAACGUUUUGACCGUUACCAUGAGCUUGGGCAGCACGCUUUCGGCGACAAACUUGGGCUCUGGAUUGUUGUUCCCCAACAGCUUAUAGUCGAAGUUGGGGUCGACAUUGUGUACAUGGUCACAGGGGGCAAAUCUCUCAAGAAGUUCCAUGACCUUGUUUGCCCAGACUGCAGUAACAUUAGACUGUCUUACUUUAUCAUGAUCUUUGCUUCUAUUCACUUUGUUCUUGCCCAGCUCCCCAACUUCAACUCAAUCUCUGGCGUUUCCUUGGCUGCUGCUGUCAUGUCUCUCAGCUAUUCGACCAUUGCUUGGGCUGCAUCUGGAGCGAAAGGGAAGCAGCCAGAAGUGCACUAUGACUUAACUGGAAAGAACAACGCUGAUAACGUUUUCAAUUUCUUUAAUGCUCUAGGAGAUGUUGCUUUUGCCUAUGCAGGCCACAAUGUUGUUCUAGAGAUCCAAGCAACAAUCCCUUCCUCGCCUGAUAAGCCAUCCAAGAAGCCUAUGUGGAAGGGAGUCAUUGUUGCAUACAUUAUAGUUGCAAUCUGCUACUUACCAGUCGCUUUUGUUGGGUAUUAUGUUUUUGGAAAUAAUGUUGAUGAUAAUAUUCUUAUCACCCUUGAAAAGCCCAAGUGGCUGAUUGCUGCAGCUAAUAUGUUCGUUGUGAUCCAUGUUAUUGGGAGCUAUCAGAUUUAUGCCAUGCCUGUAUUCGAUAUGAUCGAGACGGUUUUGGUAAAGAAACUCGAUCUCCCACCGGGCAUAGCCCUCCGCUUGAUUGCAAGGAGUCUAUAUGUUGCCUUUACAAUGAUUGUUGCAAUCUGCAUCCCUUUCUUUGGUGGCUUGCUUGGUUUCUUUGGAGGAUUUGUAUUUGCCCCAACCACAUAUUUUCUCCCUUGCAUCAUGUGGCUUGCUAUCAAAAAGCCUAAAAGGUUUGGCUUGUCCUGGUCCAUCAACUGGAUCUGCAUCAUUCUGGGAACAAUGCUGAUGAUUCUUGCACCAAUUGGAGGGCUCAGGUCAAUCAUCCUCAGUGCCAAGAGCUACAAGUUCUUCUCAUGAACUUCACUUAAUGGAAAUGAUAGCAAGGUUCUUUCUCUUAAGGGCCUCGUGCUUGCCUACCCAGCAUGUCUAUAACUACUAAUAUGCUAUAUGAAGUUGUCUCUUAAUCUUCAUUGUGUAGGAAAAAAAGAUUUCGUUGCUACUUAAGGUGGAUAACCUAAUUAUGUUUUCUCAAGUAUUUGUGCUCCUAAGACCAUUUUUUUAUACCAUGAUAAUGAUAGGGUCGUACAGACUCACUGAAGCAAAUGUAUGUUGGUAUAAAUUUUAUCUUUAUUCCUGCUGCAAGUAUGGCUGUGUUAUGUGUAUGUGAUUUCCUGCUACAAUUUAAUUCAUUUUUAUUUGUGUGUA